CCUCUUUAAUUAAUAUUAAUUCAGAUACUGAUGAUACUUUUGAAGAAAUUGAUUUUAAUAAAAUAAAUGGACAAAGUGAUGAUAAUAAUAUUGAAGAAAUUGCUUAUUUUACCAAAAAUUUAACUGUAUGGCAUAUUCAAUUUUUAGCUGUUUCUGUUGAAUAUCCGUUUACUGAUCCUGAAGGUUAUGCAGUUAUAUAUAACUUUAUUAAUAAUAAAAAUUAUUCUGAAGAGCAAAGUAGUGAUAUUCAAAUUCAAAAAUUAAUGAAAGACAAAGCUCGAGUUGUAUUUCGUGAU